GCUGCUCUGCCUCCCUCUGCUCUGCAGCCUAACCAGAACCAUGCAGCUCAGAAUCUUUGUUUCUGUCUUCGUUGUUGGACUCCUGAGGUUGGACUCAGAAGGAUUCACAGAUACUGGCCCAUGGCUGUGCCAGCCAGCGCCCAGGUGUGGGGACCAGACCUACGACCCCUUGGAGCAGUGCUGUGACAAUGACACCAUCCUGCCCCUGAAUGCAACCCGGCUGUGUGUCCCCAACUGCAUCUUCUAUCCCUGCUUCCAGCACUGCUGCCUGGAGUCCCCGGGCUCUCAGAAUCAGGCAGUGGUGACAUUCAAGGUCCCAGGCAUGAAGUCCGACUGCAGGUCCUCCCCCAUCUCUAAGAUUUGUGCCCAGUCGGGGAGACUUGCAGGGACUCCCACUCUGGGCCACACUUCCCCACCUCCCAGGCUUUUCUUUGAAAUCGUGGUGGAAGCCUCCAUGACUGUUGCAUUCUGUAGGCCUGAAAAACCAGCAUUACAGACACUGGGCAUCACCAAGCUCUGA